AUUGCCGAGCGGAAUGCUAUUUCCCCAUCGACAUACAGGGUACCUACCUGCUGCAGCAGUCCAAUGGCCAGAACGGCAUCACCUACUCCGAAGUGGUCAUCGAUUCGGACUCGAUACCCCCGUGGGGCCAUUGCCACAAACGCCGGGGCGUGCCAGGGGUCAUCUUGAGAGAUCCUACGGGUGUCAUGGAUUGCAUGAGAUGCCUCCACCUCUCGGUCAAGAGCGACAACGUCAUCCAUAUCCAGGCCGAGGGUCUUGGCAAAUGCUACAUCACGGAAGAGGCCGCCCGCGAAAAUUGUCCCGACGGAAACAGCAAGCACAAUUACGAGCUGUUCAUCCUGUACCGCAAGGAACCAGCGAAGGGAGUCUUCUGCCCUUUCACCGGACGCUUCCGAGUGAAUUCCUACCAGAAAGACGGACAGGAGAGCCGAUGUCUCGCGCCCAGGGCGCAAUUCUCGGAAGUAUCAAACUGUCCACGAGGAGAUCAUUUCUCGGUGAAGUUCAGGAGCUGCUCGUUCCCCGAUCGAUCGGAGAAAUUCAUGUGUCUCGGCGACUGGGACAGCAACAACUCUGAGGAUCGCUACGUGGCUCUUAUGGACACGUCUCACGACGAUCCGAAACGGCCGAAAUAUCGCUGCGGGAUGUACCGGCAGGACUCGGCCACAGGUCGCGUCUACAUGUCGUUGACGUCCGAUAGCACCUGCAAUGUCCUAUCAGCCCACAACGGAUACGAAACAUUCAUGUUGUCGCCGAUGGACCAGGAGCCCCUGCCCAGCAUCGUCGAGCGAGCUCAAUGUGUUUUCCCCGAGUACGCACAAGGCCCGUGGGGAGAUCAAGUGAACAUCGACGAAGGAACCAUGGUGUUGCGCGACUCCAAGAACGGUUUCUCCACGCAAACGAUACGAUGCGUCUUGCAGGGCUCAGAUCGUUACCCAGUUCACAUGAUUUCGCAAUGCGGCGAUGAGACGUACGCCUGCGUCAAGUUCCAGAGGAGGUCUGCGACCGUCAUCGAGUUCCAAUUCGGGACUUCGGAGUCGGCUCCGGUCAAGAAUCUCUGCUCUGACGAGCGUUUCGCCAGCUCAGAAUGGAUCACUCAAGGACGCAAUCCAGCCAUGCAGCAGAGCCAGAGCGGCGGAUGUCCAAUCGUUGGUGACUACACUGGAAGCAUUCCAGGAGCUAUUGGCUUGUGUGCGAGAAUAGCUUCAGACUGUAACAACCCGGAUAUCAUGUUCUACACCGUGUAUAAUUGUGAAAAUUCAACCCACAUCUACGAAGAACGCGAGUACAACUGCCUCGGCAACUGGGACGAAGACGGUAUCACCUACUCGUUCACCCACCGUCGAGAUGUCCACGAGUUCCAAUGUUUCUCCGGCAAGAUAAUUCGCGGGGGAGAGGAAGCGUACAUUCGAGAAGCCGGCGAAAGCUGCAGCCGCGGUGAAGAUCCCUUCAUUUUCGGCAUGAGGGUCACUCGAUAUUCGACGUGCUCAAAUAUACUCUCGCACCUCGGUCCGGCGCUACAACCGGCGUCCAAGCCGAACUCACCCAGGAAUCGCCUCCAGAAACCGGCCUUCCACCAGCCGUCCACCGAAAAACCGUUCCAUGACAGCACGGACCCGUACUGGUACCGACCCGUCUCCACGAAACCCUGGAAACGAAUCGAAACGCAUCCCAUCGACUCCGAUCACGUGAACGAAAUUCCUUCGGCAGCAGGCCAGCUCGUCCGCCUGAACUCGUGUCUGCUUAUGUUGACCGCAGUGAUCGUUUCGAAGCGUUUCCUAUGA